GUCCAAGGUACCAGGUUAAUACCUGAUGGUUGUAAAUAUAAUUAUAAUUAUUACCUCUUUUUGAUUCGGAUCACCUCAACCAAUCACCUGUCUGCUGUGUAACUUCUUGUCUAUUUCCCCUCAUUUGGAAAAUCUAAUGACCUCCUCCUUCCUCCCUCCUUUGUUAUUCACUCAUCACCAAAACUCACUCACACUUUCAAAUCUUUCAAACAUCUAUACAUUAACUUGUUCGUACCCGAAUCCAACACAUCAAACAAUUCACAAUCUACACUCUACAUCACUUCAUCUUUCUUGAUCUUCAAUUUAUCAAAGAAAGUCUCUCUUCCAAGCUACACCACUUCCAAGUAACUCUCUUAGUUAUUUGAUCCCAAGCAUCCCAACAUUGUCUUUGUCUCUCGAUCCAUAUCGUGAGAUAUCGUAUUAACUACCCUUUUACUACAUCAAGUAAAACAAACAAACCUACCUUUCAAUCAUGUCUGCCGAUACAGCAACUCAACCCAUCAAUACAGCAAAUGCUGGUAAAGAUGCUGAUCCAAUACCUUUAACCAAGGUUGAUUCUGCAGUUCAAGGAUUAUCGAGUAGUCCUACUGAUGAGAAGAAAUCCAUGGGUCAUCGGAGAACAAGUUCGAGUGCUCCUGGUGUAUGGAAUAUUAAUGACUUGGAGAAAGAGGGAAAAGAACUAGAGAUUGCGAAAGAAACUCAAAAGCUGAACUGGCGUAUAAAUAAAUCACCAAUGACUCUUGAUGAUCCGGAAAAGGGUUUCCUUAAGAAAUCUCUGACUACACCUCCAGUCAAGAAGAUUGAUUUACAUUUCCCACUGGGGUUGGAAGUCACUGCGAGAAAUAUGAAGGGUGUUACAAUUAAGGAUGCAGUAGAUGCUAUUUACAAACAAUUCCGUAAGAAGGCCGAUGAUGAAUUAGAAACUCCAGUCCUCGCAGGAUUUGAAUGGGAUAAAGAUGAAUCAUGGACUCGUCUCAUCGUUCACUGCAAGAAGGAAGGUGCACCACAACCCAAGAAGAAGAGUAAGAAGGCCGGUAAAGAAGGAGAAGAAUUGUAGUUUCCCCACACUACAAUUCCCUCUAACUACACCUCCCUUUCUGCACUACUCGUAGACUACACUUGUUUUUCGAAUAGAGCAUUGAUGGCGUGCGUAAUGAUGGAUGAUUUUUGCUUUGCUUUCUUGCUAUUUAGGGAAUUGAUGAUUUUUUGCUUGGGAUAUGGAUGGUAGGAUGGAUGGAACAUGGCUUCGGAUAUGGUAUGAGGUGGUUACCAUGAUAUUCUUCCCUCUCUCGCCAAUCAUGGCUUUACAACACAUGACGUGAUAUUUACUGAGCUAGCUGGCAUGCUAUGCUAUUAUGAGAUUUUUAUAUUCUCUAGGAGAUCCAUGAUCAGAGUCUAGAAGCUGAUAUUGACUAGCUGGUAGAUUUGUAUACUAGUUAGGAAUUCAAUCCUUUGACUUAUUUUUAUUUA